AUGGCUGCUCCCGCAAGCAUUACCCUGCACAACCUAACCGGCAAAUGGCGCAUGAACGCCUCCCUCUCAGACCCCUAUGAUGAGAUGCUCAAGGCCCAGGGCGUUAGCUGGCUCUGGCGCAAGGUCCUCGUCAAGUCCGGCGCCGAGCUCUGGAUCACGCAGACGGUCGAGGGCGGCGUCGACCGCCUCGUCAUCCAGGGCAAGUCCAGCAAUGGGCUGCCCGACAGCCGCGAGGACCGCAUCCUCAGCGGCGCCUGGAAGGAGCUCAGCUUCCCCAUCUUUGGCAAGAUCCGCGGCAGCACGCGCUGGGUCAAGAGGGGCGAGCUGCCGUCCGCCUGGCUCGCCGAGGACAUGGUGCUCGAGGACGACCAGGUCAUCCUCAUGGAGACGAUCCAGCUCAACAUCAACACGGUGACGAAGCAGGCCAACGGUUUCAAAUCGGUCAACGGUGAGCGGCGCUAUGUUCGCCACGUUGAGGUGCUGAACAACAAGAAGGAUCUCAUCCGUGUGAGGCUCGUGUAUGACUAUCUGGGUCCGUUGGAGUAG